AUGAUGCGAUCCCUCCUCCUUGUACUGUUGGCCCUGCCCUCUGUGCUCGCCAAAACCUGCACAGUCCCUGCCACCGAGGACGGGUCCGAUGACGCACCGGCUAUCAUCAAGGCCUUUAAGAGAUGUAAAAGGGACUCGACGAUCAUCUUUCAGAAUACAACGUACAACAUCGGUACUGCCAUGAAUCUCAAAGACCUCGACAACGUCCGCAUUGAUAUUCAGGGUCGUUUGGAGUGGAGCACGGAUAUCGACUACUGGCUGAAAAACUCUUUACCCAUUGGUCCUGGAAAAGACCAGAACAGCUAUCCUCCAGCGGCGUACCAGAACCAGACCACGGCUCUGAUCCUCAGCGGGAAGAGACUCGAGGUUGAAGGGCAUGGUUAUGGAACCUUUGAUGGGAACGGUCAGGUGUGGUAUGACUUUGUCAAUGGCGAGUCAAACUAUCCCAAUCGGCCCCAUAUGCUUGUUAUUACUGCGGAAGACUCGUACUUCCAUGGCCUUCGCUUUGUCCAGCCGCAAAUGUGGACCGUAACAAUCGUCGGCUCCAAAAACGUAGUCCUUGAAGACAUCUAUGUAAAAGCCAAAAGCACAAACUCUAAACCAGCGCGCAACACCGACGGAGCUAACACUCUCUUCUCUGACAACAUCGUCUUUCGGCGAUGGGAUAUAGAGAACGGGGAUGACAGUAUCGCCGCCAAGGCAAACUCGACAAACAUCCUCAUUGAGGACUGCAUCUUCCGCGACGGCCAAGGUGUCGCUAUUGGCAGCAUCGGCCAGUACGCUGACCGGUUUGAGAUUGUGGAGAAUGUGCUCGUGCGCAAUGUUACGCAGUACGGCUCUAACUAUGUUGGUCGGAUCAAGACCUGGACGGGGGAGCAGAAUGAGUGGCCUCCGAAUGGGGGUGGGGGUGGGAUUGGAUAUGCACGAAACAUAACCUACAAAGAUAUCACGAUCGAGGACGGCAACAAAACACCCCUUGUUAUUAACCAGUGCUAUACAAACGUCAGCAAGGCCAACUGCAGCACGUCAACUUUUGACAUCUCGGACGUGCACUUUUCAAACUUACAAGGCACGGUCCGCUCGAGUUGGAAGGCGGAGUUCCAAUGCAGUAGGUCGCAGGGCGGAUGUGAUGGUAUCACCAUGGAGAAUGUAAACUUUAUGAAUAAUCUGGGAGACGAACUUGAGGAGGCAGCGGGUGUCAAGUGUAGCAAUGUUAACGACCCAGAAGGCUUUGAAUGCGACUAG